CAAGACCCACACAGCCUGGCAACCCAAGUUUCAUGUAUACGAGAAGAAUUCGAACGAUAUUUCGAGAAGAAAAAUAUACAAGAGCAAUGUACCGAACAAUCUUUGAUGCAUUUACAUAAUGCUUUUUUGAUGACAGAAAAUAAAGAAAUGGAUUCUUCUCAACUAUACGACGCUUUCCAAGACAUUCUCGAGAUAAAAAUACCGCAGGAUGAAUUUCAAGUUCUUUUCAAGAAAAUAGAUGUAAGACUCGAUGGUAAAGUAACGUGGAACGAAUUCAUUUCCUAUUUAUUGAUAGAAUUUCGAGACAUAGAUACCACUGUGAAAUCACAGAUGUUGGAAAUGCCAUUAACAGAUUUACCACGAUUAUUAAGAACGCGUCAUCGCACUCCUGUAUGCAGAAUUACAUUUUGCCCAGACGUUUUACCGGACAGAAGUACAAGUUUUCGCAGGGGUUGUUAUCUAACUGUAAGCCAAGAUGGGGUGAUUAAUUAUUGGUCGUUAGAUCUCGAAUAUGAGCGCACUGUGCAAUCCAAGAAUCCAUACUUAAAGGUGCAAUCCACCGUUAUAACCGAUAUGAUUGUGCUACCGGAUGUUCAGAUAGUUUGCACGAGUUCGACGGAAUGCGAUUUGAGAUUUUAUGACGUCGCAGCGAAGAAAUUUGAUCUUCGAGUAUUGAUCUCCAGUUUGGAACACGCUGUAGUUUGUAUGCACUAUUACUUCAGUACAAACAUUAAAGAGAAUUCUUACAUUGUCCUGGGUGAUACAAGUGGAUCUGUCAUAAUCGUGUCGUUUAAUCCCACGGAUAAAGGACCUUUCAAGCAGCUCACCACUCGUGACACAAUUAUUCUUCGUUACGACGACAUCGUGAAAGGAGAGUUGGAAGGAUUUGAAAUCACGGAGAGAUUUAAGAACAUACACACGAAUUGGACGAGCCAAGUGGCUUAUUAUGAGAGCCUACGAAUUUUCAUAUCGAGCAGUCAAUGCUCUGAUUGUUCUCUAUGUGUUUUCGAUGCGACCGCAACGAGAAUGCAAUAUAAGUUCCAAGUUCCCAUAGGAAUAUCAUGUUUCGCGCUCUGCGAAGAGAGUCGUACCCUAGUAACGGGUGGACCAGAUUGUGUGGUUCGCGUUUGGAAUCCCUUCAGUCCUGAGAAGACGAACGCUGUAUUUCCGGGACACCAUUCAACUAUCUGUGCAGUCGUUGUAAUAGAUACUGGCAAACGUAUUUAUUCCUUGUCAAAGGAUAGAUGCAUAAAAGUGUGGGAUGUCCCGGUUCAAAAUUGCAUUCAGACGUACAACAAAUUACCCAGAGAACUAAGCGAAUAUGCUCCGAUGACCAUAGUAUUCAAUACCUUAGCUCGUACGAUGAUUAUUGCCAGUAUGAUGAUCGCCGUUCUUGUUUGCGAGCAUGUAAUUAACGAAGAAACUUCGGAUGGUUACACACACACCAAAGGUGUUAGCUGCGUACUUUACAAUCAGCUCUUUCGCGUGAUUAUUUCUACUGGAUUAGAUUCGUGUAUCAUUGUUUGGGAUCCUUGGUCUGGACGUCGUUUACGUUUGAUUACGCACGCUCAUAGUAUUAUUCGAUACGGACAACACGUUGAUAUCGAGAUCACAGCGGCCUGUUUCGACAAUUCCGAACAAUUUUUAAUCACUGGUGCUAGAGAUGGAUCACUGAAAAUGUGGAAUUUCAAUACCGGUGUUUGUAUACGCAACAUAAUGAUCAAUUAUCAAUGUGAAAUAACUAGCAUUGUUUGGUAUGAAAAUCGAAUCCUAUGCUGCGGUUGGAACAAACUAGUUACAGAAUUGGCAGCUUUCGAGUCUGAUUUAUAUAAAAAAAAUUGGACGACCAGUCACACUGACGACAUUCUAUGCUCAGCUGCGAAAUUCCCUCAACUGCUUGCCACCGGAACAUACAAUGGAGAAUUAAUUCUCUGGAGACUUGAAACGGGUCAACCUUUCAGGAAGUAUCAAGUGAUCGAUGUUAGCAAAAGACAUAUUGUAACGAGAGAGAUAAAUGUGCACGAAGCGUUCAUACGAUCUAAUGAGAUGGACAGAUCUAUAAAUCAGCAAAUUAAAAAAUUAACUCCGUGCGCCCAUCAAGAAUCAGCAUUAAAUAUAAUCCGCACUACGGCAGUACGCGCGAUAAUUUUUCUGACCGCGCGAGAAGUAAAACCAAACGUCGGUACGAUAUUAGUAGCUCUCGAUUCCGGUUUAGUGCAAGUAUGGACACAUCAUCCAGCGGCAGGAUUUUUAGGAGCCUUUACGGUCACCCACGCUAUGGACGAUUGCGCGACUUCUUUAACUACCGAUCCUGAAAAUCAGUUUCUCGUAACAGGACACAGCAUAGGCUAUAUAAAAGUUUGGCUCCUCUCGAAUUACAUGCUACCAAAUCCGCCGAAAAUAUGUAUGCCUCUGUUAAGAUUAGAAUUUCCGUUCUUGUGGAAAGAUAGAAUAAAUGGAAGAGCGAAAAGAGCGGUGCGAAAGCAGGCGCUGCCCCUUCUGUUAUCGUCUGUACGUGGUCAUAUGCGAGGGAUCACUUCUCUUCAAAUUAUUUUUAGUGCGCGAAUAAUAGUCAGUGGUAGUGCGGAUCGUACCGUACGAUUAUGGAGUUUCGGUGGUCGUUAUAUAUCAACACUCGGCACGUUCAGAGAUUGGUACCCAAUUUUACCCACUAUACCCGUACAGAAAUAUUUUGAGGAUUAUAAACUUCCAGCGGAUAUUAAGCGAUUUGCCAGUUUCACCACUUUGAAAGUACUUUAUGGUGGUAUGAGACGAGUACAAACAGAGAUCGAAGACAAGAUCGAUAUCCCGAAAGAAAUUCUCCACGAAAAACGACACAUACUAUAUGGAAAGGCAUUAGAUAGUUCAAUGAUUGUAAAUUAUUACAAAUCAGAACCUAGCAAAACGUAUCAAGAACAGUUCAGAUUAGACAAUACCUUGCCAUAUAUACCAAUUUAUACACAUUUAUCAACAUACUCUUUAAAACCUGUAGAAGCGCAAAAGACACUUUUACUAGGACAGAAAAUGGAACUUAUUAAAAAAGUGUACUUAAGGAGAGCAAUGAAACCUCUACGUUUGCCUACUAGGAAAGUUUCAGCAAAUUAAUCUCAUAAGAUU